AUGCGGCGACUCGACAUAUCCGCAUCCGGCGCUGUGCUGGCAUCCUUGCUAGCCAUCGCACCCUUACCAGCGUCGGCCUUUUACUUUCCAGGCACCGCGCCAACUUCAUACAAGACCGGAGACGCUGUACCUCUAUACGUCAAUCGACUUACACCCGCCGAUUCGCAAAACGACCCGAAGCUACGCUCCGUCUUCUCCUUCGACUACUACCAUCCGCCCUUCCACUUUUGUCGCGAAAAAGAUGGCCCCAAAGAAAUCCGGGAGAGUUUGGGAAGCAUACUGUUUGGGGAUCGCAUACAGACGAGUCCGUUCGAGCUGAAGAUGGGCGUAAACGAGACGUGCAAACUCCUCUGUGAAGCUCCGUAUCCGGGCGCGGAUGCGGCGUUUGUCAACAGCAGGAUAUACCAGGGCUACGAUCUUAACUGGUUGAUAGACGGACUGCCUGCGGCACAAUCGCUCAGGGAGCCGGGCUCAGAUCAGACCUUCUAUCAACCAGGCUUCGCGCUGGGCCUUGUGGAUGAGGAUCAGCCUAUGCUCAACAACCACUACGAUAUUGUCAUCGACUACCACGAGGCUUCGCCGGGUAACUUCCGCGUAGUUGGUGUGCUGGUGGACCCAUACUCCGUGGCGGAAUCGAAGAGAGAGGGCGACAAUGGGGCAACGUGCAACGGACAGACGCCGGUCGUCUUGAAAGAGAAUGACGAAGAUACAAACCUGGUCGUCUUUACGUAUGGUGUCUACUGGCGACCCAGCCCGACUCCGUUUGCGACACGAUGGGACAAAUAUCUACACGUCUACGACCCAAAAAUCCACUGGUUCUCCCUCAUCAACUCAGCUGUCAUUGUUGUCUUCCUUGUUGGUAUGGUAAGCGCGAUCCUUGUGCGUACACUCAAAAAGGACAUUGCGCGUUACAAUCGUCUGGAUCAAUUUGCGCUCGAGGAUUUUGGUGAAAGCGGCGACGCUGAUGAUACUGCGGACGAUUCUGGCUGGAAGUUGGUACAUGGAGAUGUGUUCAGGCCACCAAAGAACCCGCUGCUCUUGUCUGUUUUGGUUGGCAAUGGAGCCCAGCUCUUUGCCAUGACAGCGCUGACUAUAGCAUUCGCGCUUCUCGGCUUCCUGUCUCCUAGCAACCGCGGCGCUCUCGGAACAGUCAUCAUCAUCUUCUACACACUCUUCGGUUUCUUCGGUGGCUACACAGCGGCGCGUACCUACAAGUUCUUCCAUGGCGAGUCAUGGAAGCUGUGCUUUUUCUAUACCCCGGUUGCUCUACCUGCCAUCGUAUUUGGCGUCUUCUUCCUCAUGAACCUGUUCGUUUGGGGUCGCGGCGCAUCCGGUGCUGUCCCAUUUACUACUAUGCUCGUGGUCGUCAUUAUUUGGUUCGUCAUCUCAGUGCCACUGAGUGUCGCUGGUUCCUGGAUUGGUUUCAAGCAAGCAGCUAUCGAGCCACCCGUCCGCACGAACCAGAUCCCAAGACAAAUCCCGCCGGUAGGAGGUUAUCUACGACCUCUUCCCUCUAUGGCAUUAGCUGGUGUACUCCCCUUUGGCGCCAUCUUUGUCGAACUCUAUUUCAUCAUGAACUCGAUCUGGUUCUCGAAAGUCUACUACAUGUUCGGCUUCCUAUUCAUCUGCUUCGGGCUCAUGAUCAUCACCUCGGCGGCGGUCACUGUGUUGAUGAUUUACUUUUUGCUUUGCGCAGAGGACUACCACUGGCAAUGGAGGUCCUUCUUCACGGCUGGUGCAAGCGCAGCGUACGUAUUUGCCAGUUGCUUGCUAUAUUGGAUCAAGGAUGUAAGCUGGACUAGCUGGACGAGUGGUGUUGUUUACCUAGGAUACUCUGCACUGCUGAGUUCGCUGGUAUUCAUUCUUAUUGGCACCAUUGGUUUCUUCGCAAGCUGGCUCUUUACCCUCAAGAUCUACAGAUCAAUCAAGGUGGAUUGA